AUGGACCCAUCACAAUAUAUUGAUGCAUUAAUUUCGAUCGAGGUCAAAGAUGGCGAUGUCUUUCAAGGGAGAGUGGCGGAGAUCCGUCCCGGAGACAAUCCGUCGGUCGUUCUGAGGGGAGCUUUCAAGUAAGUCGCGAUUUUGAGAUUUGUCUUUGAAUUUUAGGUGAGCCUCAUGGAUAAUAUAAAUUUGAAGUAUUUUUGGCUCUAAAGCUAGAUGAUUUGAUUCUUAAGAGAAUAAUUACAUCUAUUUCCAGAGAUGGAAUCCCAGUGCCCGAGCACACCACAGAAGUCAAAGCUUUGGAGAUAAAAAAUCUGAAAAUUGUCGAAGAAGCCCAGAAGUCUAACAAAUCUCCUCAAAAACCUCACUCUAAACCAACACAAAAGCCCAAAAAGGCGGAGAAGACGUCAGUUGCGGCGCUGAUCGAGAAUAAAUGCGAAUCCCCAAAGAAUGCCAAGAUUACGCUGCUGAAACGGGGCGGACAACAAAACGACUACGGGCUUUCGGCCGAAAUGAGCUCAUCCUGUGUUGUGAGCGAGACAGUCAAAGUCAAGCCGGAGAAAAAGCCCGCCAUUCCGGUCGAAAUGAUCCCUGGUAUGCGAUUUUUCACUUUGUUUUUCUGGUUUUAGAUAUACGACGAUAAUUUAUAUUACACAUGACCUUUGUGGUAUUUUAGCCGCAGUUCUCAACGGAAGAAAGUCUGACAAGUCCGUAUUGAACAAACUCUUCGUGAAAUCGGAUAAGAAGCCCAAAGAAGAGGCAAAAUCCGAAAAGGAAGAUGGCAAACACAUUAUCGACAAGCUGUUGAAUACCAGUGAAAACAAACGAAAAACCGAAGAGAAGCAGGCCUUCAAGAAGUUCGGCGACUUUAAGCAGUUCACUGAGAAACAACAGCCCGAUUUUAAUGUGAGUUUUGGAUUUUUUUGCGAUAUUUUGGUUUUAAAUUUUUAGAAAUUCGCUUCUGACCGCCCAUCGAAUCGAAAGCAGAAGGGACCAUCGGGCAACCCGGCAAAGGACCAAGAGAAUGGCUAUAAGAGUCGCGGCCGAAAUAAGGAUUUGGCCGAAAGUUUGAACUUGGAGGAUCUCAACGAAGACUUUGAUUUCUCAUCGAAUCUGGCACUUUUUGAUAAGGAUGUGAGUUUGAAUAGACUUUGUGAUCUCUCAAGGAGCUUCAUCAAAGUUUUCGACGAGAAUUCUUGCUAUUUUUUGUGGUUGGUACCUACUACAAUAUAAUGAGUUCUUGGAAUAGUGGAAAAAAGUGGUUUGAUUGAUGUAGUAUAGGUUGUUGUUAGUUGAAAAACGGUUUUUAAUUAUUAUUAUGUCAUGAUGACAGGUUUUUUGGACGUUUUUUGAAUUAAUUUUUGAUCGUAAAAUUUGAUGUCUAAACUGAUUUUUUUGUGGGUAAAAUACGAAAAAUUUUGUAGAAUAUUAAUUUUUAUGCCCGGAUAAUAUGAUUUCUGUUUGUUUUUGGGUUUUUGAAUUAAAAUUUUAUAUUACUUUAGGUGCUGAGCACCUUUUUCCAAAAAUUUUUUAUUUUCCCACUGUACUUGUCGUUUUAGCGCCCCGAAUCCCACUCAGAGGACUAUGAAGAGCCGGAUGCGGAGCGUCCAGCCUCCCGCCGCAACUAUCGUCACGACGAAAAUAUCAUCAACGACCCGAAUCGCUGCACUUCUUGGGUCCAAUCCAAACAAAAACCAACUCUCCGAGUCCAACCCGAAACCCUGCCGCACAAAGUGUGCCCCGAGACGAAAUUUACCUACCAAUUCCACGCGAAACACACGACGGUUUGCGAGAACGGCGCGAUUUUGCCGGUUCUGCGACGCAGCGACAAGGACGGCUACUUGAACGCGGCCCUAACACUGUUCAAUAACAUUUUGUACAACCUCACGUUGGCGGACAGGUUCAGCGAAUACGCGCUGGACGUGUUCGCGAGGAACGACGUCCAUCCCCGACAUGUUGUUGUGGUCGCCGGAGAGGAGGCGAAUAUCAUCCUGACCCAUCGAGUUUGCCAACACUUGCUGAACAGAAGGAUCCCCGUGAUCCUGUACAGGCCCCCGGAAGUCCCAGGAGAUUUGUUGAGCCGAGUCACCGUCGUCCGAGACAUUGAAGCACUCCCCACCAGCCCUCAUGUGAUCUUCGUCAUAAAUCCCCAAGUUUUCCAUGAAUCCGAACACUUCCGGAGGUGGAUCAUGAAGACUGGAAAACUACAAAAUCACCAGAAAAGAGAACGAAACACCUCCAAGGAUGCGGCCAGAGUUAUUUCGUUGGAUUUCAGAAUUUAUGACCUGCAGUACAUGCACACGAUGAUGGUCGGCGCUGCGGAUGAGUCGGUAGGUGUUUUGAUUAUUUUUUUUUUGGAUUUUAGGAAUAGAGAAGAACAGAGGAGAUGUGGAGAGAUGAAUACAUAAUAAAUCUAUGCCCAGAUUUUUUUGAGGGAAUUUUGGAAAAAUUGGCUUGGAGAAAAAAACGGGAUUUUUUGGUGUAGUGUCAAAAAUUCAUAUUUUUUGAUUUUAAAGGGAGUUGAGACCAAGUGGUAGAGAAUAUUUGAUCUUUUCGUCUUUUUUCGAUGAUUUUUUUGGUGAAAUUUGAAAAAAAAAAUUUUUUUGGGUUGUGAUAAAAAAUGCAAAAUUUUUGCUGAAAUUUAAUUUAAAAAUGUGAAAAAUUUUGAAAAAUUUUCUUUUCAGGAUAUUUUUUGAUUUUCAGCUUGUAUUUUGGCAGCGAUUUUUUCAAUUUUUUUGAAAAUUUUUGUAAUUUUUUUUUCAGAUCUUCAACACCCACCGAAAGCGCAACCCCUCCAACCAGAACACCACGUUUGAGUGCUGCGUCGCCGACCUGGGCACCCCCUACGAAUGGAUUGUGGCGGCGGGCGCCAAUCCUCACGACGCAUUCAAAAAAUCGUAUUUUGUUCGUCUCCAAAAUGUCGCUUAA